AUGAAGUACAACACAAGUGUGCUACAGGUUGGUAAAGGAAGUCUUGUGAUAGAUGGAUCUAUAUCUCUUACAGAAGAGAUUAGAGACAUAACUCUACUGGAAGCUAAAUUGCACAAGUGCAGAAGUUAUUCUGCAACAGAGACGUGCGAGUAUUUUACAACAUGUAGAUACAAUAACCCAUGCCCUUUUAUAACUGCUCGCAAACAGGUAUGGUCAUCAUUUGUAGACAGUAUACACCCUCCCAUGCGAUGUCCCUUCCAUCAGGGGACUUAUACUAUCAAGAAUGCUUCAUUUGACACUUCUUUUAUUAAAAGCGUAGCUGGCAUGAAUGGAAUGUACUGGGAUAUAAAAGUGAAAAUGUAUGUUAAAAAGAAAUGUAUAACAUGUUUUGAAGUAGGUAUUGAUUUUCGAAAAAUAAGAAGGAAUGUUCAUUAA